AUGCGGAAUAUUCACAAUAGUAUGCCUGAAUUUCCCGUGUAUGUGUCACCCCGGAUCAAACACCUUACCACAAAAGUCUCGAAUAUUCCUGGGCAAUCAGUUGAAACCACUGGAGGGCAUAGCAUCAAAAUUAACCAGAAAGUCACACUUACACUUUCUCUUAAUGGUUAUACUGAUAGUGUUGAUGCUUUUAUCUUCCCCACUAAAUUCGAUUUGAUUCUCGGUCGCACAUGGUUACAGACUGCUAAACCUGUUCCUGACUGGCAUCGAGAUAACUGGUCUUUAUAUCGUGAUGGCCAAGAGUUUGUCCUGCAUCCCAUGGCAACUGCCCCAUGA